AUGGCGCCAGUGGCCCCUAUUGCCUGUGCUCAGACAAUUGCGUUUUUGCACCUUCUGCAUUCAGUUCCCACCCAACCAGUCCGCAACCCCACGGACUGUCACCGUCACUCCUUCCUCACGGGCCAGUCGAAUCGACAUGUCCUCCCGUUUGAGAAGGAGCUCUUCUUGGCCAGCACUCUUGCCUUUCUCGCCAGUAUCAAUGACAAUCCGAAUCGCAUACCUGCCAUUUGCGUGCAGGAGGACUCCGAGGCUGCAUCGUUGAGGGUGCUUAUUGCUGUCAACGAGGCCAAGUGCGGUGACGGCCGCUCCAUUCUACACGACUUGAAACACGGCUUUGAGGGGAUAUUUUCGAUCCUCUCCUCAAAGCCGCCCACCGCCGAAAAUGACGUUUUCGCCGCCAUUGUGUCCAUGUGCUCGAAGCGCAUCCUCUGCCGCCUGCGACUCUCUGGGAGGAACAAAACCAGGCAAUCCAUCAACAGCCUCCUCCCGAGCGCCAUACAGGCACUCGCCAAGAGAUUUCCAAGCUUUGCCGAAAAAGCAAAACAUGUGCUCCAACUUGCCGACUCGUGGAAGAAGCACCAAACAUCCGAUCGACUGCAACAUGUUGUGCAGAGCGUUUACGAGCUCUCACAGACUGCUAGUAUUUCCGAACUGCUGAACUCCAUUCCCAACGGACAAAUGAACCCCAGCUCAAGAACCAGUUUGACGAACAUGAUAAACAAGGUUGCAAGAUACCGGUCGUCCGCCAGGCUUCUAUACCGCAUCGCCAAGAAGUAUCCCAUAGCUCGACAUAUGGAGGCAGUCCCGGUUACGCUUCCCAAAAGCGCCUUUGGGAACCGAAUGCCUGAUAAGAUCCCACCACUCGAGCUUUUUCUGAAGGAAAGCGGAGUGUUCCACGACACCAAGAAGGGUCGUUUGCGGGUUUUCAGGCUGUUACAGUGCAACGAACAACAGGCCAGUGAUGUGUUCGCUAGGCAGACGAGAAAGACCUUGUCAGAGGCUAAAAUACACGCCGAGAUGCAGCUCAUAUUUCACUGCGAGGUGGCAAAGUACAGCCCCUUCCCCCGAGUCAUCAGCUCCAGCAAAGACGCCUGCUUCUUAUGCAACGCUUUUAUUCAAAUGCACGGCAAGUUCUUCACCCCACGUUGCCACGGGCGGCUAUAUCCAGGCUGGCGGCUCCCAAUCAUGCCCGAAACAGCGGCCUUUGAGCAACGUUUCGUCCAGGUCUUGCAGAUUGAAGCUCGAAAAAGUACAAAGACGUUGCUUGAUAGGGGGAAAAGGACCGUGUUUCCGGACCCCAACGAAAGUACUGUCCUGACGAUACCUGUAACCUCGUCAACGUCGAGCUCCGCGAUGCCUCAAAAAGACAUUUGGGUCACGUCUGGCACAGCAUCAUAUAAAUUCUUGGCUGGAUCCUCAACAUGUCCGAUGGUAGCUGUUGCCGAUGCUUCAGAUAGUAGAGCUUCAGCCUUGGGUGCAGCAAAGAGCUGGAACAGCAUGGAAAAGCCGAGUUCCGCUCGGUCUACUGGCGCAUCAUGUGGCCAAACUGCUCCGACAUGCAGCGCAACAGUCGGAGCUGGCCCGGAAGACGUAAAAGGUUCGGGCGUACAGUAUCAGACUGCUAGAGGCGGCUCCGCUGUCCGUCUUGGCAGCGAGGACCUGCCUUUCUCUCAACGUGUCACGAUUGACCAAAGGCCCAUGCAGCUCAGCUACGGAGCGGUGACGUUCCUUUUCGAGUUCCAUGGCGUAAAAGACGGACGAAUGUGCAUUUCGCAGCAAGAGGUAAGCUGUAUCGGGAAGCCUGCGCCGAUCAACGUGCUGGACAUUCCGACACACAGAGACCUGACCGUGGAGUGCUCCCGAGGAGGGUCCCGAUUCUCUGUAUGUAUCUCGACGUCAGUUUUCUUGGAAUUCGAGUUCACAUGGAGUCUGCUGAUGGAUGAUGUGGGUACUUGA